GCAUGCUGCUCCGAGUUAGCCGCAGCGUGCCCGUGAUUUAACCCAGUUGCUUGUCCGUGACAAUACUGGGACGUGGAGCUGCUUGAGAGCGCCUGAGCUCGAUCGUGAGCACAUGAGCCUGUAGCUGAUUGUGGGGGUAUCCCUGACCCGCAGUAGAUUACGCGUCGCCCGUACACUACAGUAUAGUCUUUAGCAGAGCAUACAGCCGCACCGCUUGUAGAGCAAGUAUUAUUCCUGUUGAGUGCGGUACAACAGUGACCUCCGUGGUUUAGUCCAUUUGUCGCACCCGGGGUUUCCGCUUUACUGUCUGUGGCACGUGUGCAUCCUCUAGUAACCCCUCGUCGACCUGCAAAGACACACCACGGCCACUCUCCGGUUGGUGGCGCAUCAGGGCCGACUUCCAGAGUCUCGCGUUGUAUUGGAACGGUAUCGGCCUUUGAUGAAUUCGCUAGCGCCAGGAUACACCCAACGCAGCAGGAUAUAGGUUUUCGUUCAUUGGUAACGUCUAUCAAAGACGAAGGCACGACGAUGUCACGGUACGUCAGGCUAUCAAAGUUGACUACCCGCAGCAGCCAGGAAUUCUCGGUGAAUCCAGCAUUUUCACGUCCCAUCUCGAAAAGCAUGCAGAUACGGUUAUUAAAGCAUCAAUAAUCAAAACUAUGGCAACUACCGGGAGCAACAAGAUGUCCAAAAUAUACCAACGGAGUUGCGACAAGCGAAAGUUAUUCGUACAGAAUGCAGCCACCAAGACGUACGUGACCUGAGGAUCUGCUUAAGAAGAUUGAGAAUACACCAACCGGCAGGGGUGAAGCAGCGUAAUGACACAGAGAUGGAGCCACUCCCCUGCACUUGAUAUUAAAGUUAACGGGACCCGACAUACAAGAAAUUAUGACUUGGCUAAACGGCGCAGAUGCAAGGGUCAUCGGCAAAAAAUUUCCGUGGCAGACCCGGAUGACCAAAUGGGACUUUUACUCCUCUGACUGCCAGCAUUCAUCACAGACAGUGACACAUCGAAAAACGCUCAAGUCAUUCCUCAUGACUCAGGCAGAGAGUGAGAGAGACCAAUGCGACUUCACUGCGCAGAGAUGUAAAAGAUAUACCGGUAAAUUCCUGUCUUCCAUUUCCACCGAGGUUACCGUGUGAUUCUACAUAUAUUGUUGAUUCAAACACCAUUCACUUAAUUUUGCCUUCUUUCCAUAUCUCACUGAAUCCUCAGCAAGCUAUCAGAAUAGAAGCAGACAGUAUCCUGGAGAUAAGGGAACGAGCAAAGAAGCACCAUGUAUCCCACGUGACCGACGCUGCAAGACACGCUUCCGUUUGGCGCUCUAGCUCUGUAUGCCAAAUCAUUUCGAGCGUAGCAUGGGCCUGGAAACCAAGACAGAGAUAACUCUUCGACCGCACUCUCUUUUCGACAGUAAAACAAAACGCACAUUCAAGUCGUGAAAACAAUGCCGUGCAGAUCGUUGCAAGCGUGGACGUCAUGGC